AUGUCCCUUCUACGGGAAGCAGAGAGAUGCCUCAUUAACCAGAAAACCUUUGCUGGCCUCAAUGCCUUUAUCACCCCGCUACAGCGAGUUGGAUCUUGGGUUGACCGUGUGAAAGAUGCGGACGCUCGGCGGAAGAGAGGAGAAUCCAAAUCACCGCUAGACGGGAAACUCGUCGCCGUGAAGGACAAUAUAUGCACCCGCGAUGCUCCAACGACUUGCGGAUCCAGGAUGCUGGAAAACUUCACCAGCCCAUUCAAUGCCACAGUGGUGAAGCUGUUAGAGGAAUCCGGGGCUAUCAUGGCUGGGAAAACAAAUUUAGAUGAGUUUGGAAUGGGGUCUCAUUCUACGUACUCGCAUUUUGGUCUGGUAAAGGGGGCUUCUGCAGGAACUCAAGAUCAUAGCUCCGUAGGCGGAAGCUCUGGAGGGAGCGCGAUUGCUGUCUCGACAGAACAAUGUUAUGCCGCUUUGGGAACGGAUACCGGUGGCUCCGUCCGUCUUCCAGCAGCAUAUACAGGGACAGUUGGUUUCAAACCCUCGUAUGGUUUGAUAUCGAGAUGGGGAGUAGUGGCGUAUGCCAAUUCUCUCGAUACAGUAGGGGUGAUUGGGCAAAAGAUCUCUACCAUUCGCGAGGUGUUCGGGGUGUUGAAUCACUAUGAUCAGCAGGAUCCAACCAGCAUCUCGCAGGCUACCCGUGCUUAUAUUGACGAAGCAACCGGAAUCGCGACGAAAACUCGACGCGCAAAAUUACACAUCGGCGUUCCUCAAGAGUAUAAUAUUCAAGAAUUAAGCCCUCUUGUCCGCGAAGCGUGGCAAAGGUCCCUUCAAUAUCUUCAAAGCCAGGGUCAUACCAUUCGACCAGUUUCUCUUCCGGCUACAAAACAAGCAUUAUCCGCAUAUUACGUGCUUGCGCCGGCUGAGGCAUCCUCUAACCUUGCUAAGUACGAUGGAGUGCGUUAUGGUACGCGUAGUCCUGAUACCGCAGAUAACGCAGGCGGGUAUCUCUACGCAAACACUCGCGGCCUAGGAUUUGGACCUGAAGUCAAACGUCGCAUUGUUCUCGGUGCGUUUUCCCUCAGCGCCGAAGCGAUGGAUAACUACUUUAUCCAAGCCCAAAAGAUCCGCCGAUUAGUGCAAUCAGACUUCAAUGCCGUAUUUGACCUUCACAACCCGUUACUCCAAAUGGAACCCUUAGGUCAGGCCAAAGGCCUGAAAACCGAGCAAGCCAAGCAGGAGAAGGUGGAUGUGCUUGUUUGUCCCACGGCCCCUUCUUCCCCGCCUUCGUUGCGCUCAUUGGAGAACCUUGCUCCCAUUGAAGCCUAUACAAAUGAUGUUUUUACUGUUCCAGCGAGCUUAGCAGGCCUUCCGGCUUUGAGUGUCCCCAUCUCCGCCGGGAAUGCGAUGUGUGAACCCGGUGAACCCGGCGCUGGUCCUGUGGGGAUACAAAUUAUUGGGCAGUAUGGGGAUGACCAGCUAGUUCUCGAUGUCGGGGGAAUACUGGAGCAGAUGAAUGUAUGA